AUGGCCGCCUCGUCGCUCGCCGCUGCCAAGCAGCAGUUGAGGAUGGUGGUGAAGGAGAGGCUAUCGUCGGUGUCCCCAGACUCCAUCACCGCUCAAAGCCGCAAGAUAUUCGAGUCUCUCAAGGACUUCCCGCCCUACAAACAUGCGAGCCGCAUCAGCGUAUAUCUCUCCAUGCCGGCGGGCGAGGUCCAGACCGACGCCAUCGUCCGUCACGCCCUCGGCGCCGGAAAGCAGGUCUACGUCCCCUACCUUCACACGCCGCCGCCGGAGCUGGCCAAGGCAGAUGCGCCCGUGCGCGUCAUGGAUAUGGUCCUGCUCGCCAGCGUUGAAGAUUACGAAGGCCUCAAACUCGACCGGUGGUCUAUUCCCAGCAUAGACCCCGCCACCGUCCACGAGCGACAGCGCAUCCUGGGAGGCCCCCCUCGUCAUCCUGGCUCCGACGGUGACCGCUCUGCCCUGGACCUGAUGCUCAUGCCGGGCGUCGCUUUUGACCUCGACCCCGCCGGCUCCGUCCGGAGACUCGGCCACGGCAAAGGGUUCUACGACUUCUUCCUGAACAGGUAUCUGGCCCAGGUCGGCGCCGCCGUCGACAACCCACCAUUGCUCGUCUACGGCCUGGCCCUCACCGAGCAGCUCUUGUCUGCUUCCUCCGCUGAGCAGGUCCCCAUGGGCCCCCACGAUCGGAGGCUGCAUGGCCUCGUGCUUGGCACCGGAGAGAUUCGGGAGUCUCCUACCCAUAGCUUGUAA